AUAAAGCAGCCGGUUAACUCGUGUUACACAUUUACUACAAACAUCAAACGUAGGAAAAGGCUAUUUCAUAUUUGCAUCGGUUUUUGUACCCGUCUCUAUUAUGGCGUCACAAGGCCCUUUCCCUUAAGGAAGAUGGCAGGCUAGACGGGAGAACACGUGACUUGUGACAGGCUGACGUCUUGGGUGACGUUUCUAUGAGAAUCCCGGAAGAGGAGCGGGAAGUGACAGCGGGGCGAGUUACACUACGAUGGGAUGAGAGGCCAAGAGCAGCCCGCAACCUGCACCUGGCAUGUCCCAUUAAUCUUUGUCCCGGUGAAUGCUGCAUCUAGAACAUACAGAAGGGUUACUGCUAACACUGGCGCCUGAAGAGCUGUGUAGUUCGAUCGUUGUCCUGCCUUAUCUACCAUUGUGAUUCUUUCUACAUCAGGCCACAAACAUCAAGUAUGGAAAAACAUUUGAAGUUUUGGGCUUGUGCCGAGCGCUGGCUACUGACCUUAGGAUCGUGGUCAUGGGGACUUUGUCGGAUAUGUCUUCUCCCUUUAAUAUUAACGUUUAAUAUGUAUGGUGGUAUUAUUCUGCUCCUUCUAAUAUUUGUCUCUAUAGCUGGAAUACUCUUUAAAUUCCAGGAUGUACUACUUUAUUUUCCUGACCAGCCUUCCUCAUCACGACUUUAUGUUCCAAUGCCCACCGGAAUACCACAUGAAAAUAUAUUCAUCAAAACAAAGGACGGUGUACAUCUCAACCUCAUCCUCUUGAGAUACACAGGCGAUAACUCAAACUUUUCUCCAACCAUAAUUUAUUUUCACGGUAAUGCGGGAAAUAUUGGCCAUAGGUUACCCAAUGCGUUGUUGAUGCUGGUCAACCUAAAAGUGAACUUACUCUUGGUUGACUACAGAGGGUAUGGAAAAAGUGAAGGAGAGCCAAGCGAAGAAGGCCUUUACCUAGACUCUGAAGCCGUGCUUGACUAUAUCAUGACCAGACCUGACAUUGAUAAAACAAAGAUUAUACUUUUUGGGCGUUCACUCGGUGGUGGAGUGGCCGUUCAUUUAGCAUCUGAAAAUGCACACAGAAUAGCAGCGAUAGUUUUAGAAAAUACUUUUCUUAGCAUUCCUCACAUGGCCAGUACCCUCUUUUCCUUUCUUCCCAUGAGGUACCUUCCGUUAUGGUGCUACAAAAAUAAGUUUUUGUCAUACAGGAAAAUUUCUCAGUGCCGAAUGCCUUCCUUGUUCAUCUCUGGGUUAUCUGACCAGUUAAUCCCUCCGUUCAUGAUGAAACAGCUCUAUGAACUCUCCCCGUCCCGGACUAAAAGAUUAGCCAUCUUCCCAGAUGGGACGCACAAUGACACCUGGCAGUGCCAAGGCUACUUUGCUGCACUUGAACAAUUCAUAAAGGAACUGACUAGCAACCACUGUCCAGAAGAAAAUGCAAAAACAUCCAAUGUGACAAUAAUAUGAAUGCCAACUUCUUCCCUUUGCACUGUUGUAUAUUAAGUUUAUGAGACUUGAUGAAAAGAAUGUCAUUUGUACUGUUUGUUUUCCAAACAUAAGAAGAUAAAAUUUGGAGAGUGUGUCCAUGAUGUAGCUGAGACUUCAGUUUUUUUUUUCCUAUGGAGUUCUCCGAAGCUACACUUCUCUCAAGUCAGUGCAUGCACUGUUUUAACAUGUCCUUCAUUUUGCGCUGGUUUUAUAAGGUAGCUUUGGCUGUACCUGGAAUGAUACAAUUUUCUUUGUUUUUACAUACAUAUUUUAAAGCUCUGGUCACGUCCACUGGUUCUAAAAUGACACUAAAGGUAAUUCACACACAUACUGCAGUUGUGUUCAAGUGAUUGAUCAGGAUUAGAACAAUUAAUGGUCUGUGUUUAGUAUUGUAGCUCUCCUUUAUUUGAAGGGGAUAGGUUAUAAGAUGUAUGAUUGCAGGGGUCCUGCCAAUGGGAACCACCGUAAUCCCGGUGCAGCCCCCGGGAUUAUGUGCCAGGCGCUGCCUCUGGGAUGGGGACAUGUCAUGGACAUGGCCACGCCCCCUAAUGACGUCACCCCA